AUGGCGGAUUCAAAGGCAUUAGUGAAGAUAAAAGAUGGCGUACCUGGAGCUGUGGUCUGUCCGAUGUUGACAACGUCGAACUACACAGUUUGGGCAAUGAGGAUGAAAGUUCUUCUGCGUGUUCAUAAGGUUUGGGAAACAAUUGAGCUAGGAACAGAAGACGACGAGAAAAAUGAUGUAGCAACAGUACUUCUGUUCCAGUCGAUACCUGAAGGACUGAUUUUGCAAGUUGGAGACCUAGGUUCCCCUAAGGUGAUAUGGGAAGCUAUUAAGACAAGAAACCUAGGAGCAGAACGAGUUAAAUCAGCCCGUCUCCAAACAUUGAUGAAUGAGUUCGAUCGUAUGAAGAUGGAGGACUCCGACUCCAUUGAUACGUUCUCAGGAAAGAUAUCAGAACUUGCUUCUAAGGCGGCAUCGUUAGGUCAAAGUAUUGAAGGACCAAAGGUCGUGAAGAAGUUCCUUAAUAGCCUACCUCCGAAAUUCAUUCAUAUGACAGCAUCUUUAGAGCAGUUGUUAGACUUAGAGACGACUAGCUUUGAAGACAUUAUCGAAAGACUUAAAGCUUAUGAAGAACGUAUAAAAGGGUAUGAACCAUUUGAGCAACAAGGAAGUCUUCUGUACUCAAAUUCUGAGAAGUCAUAUGAUCAAAGAGGGUCAGAUAAUGGAGGAAGAGGCAGAGGCCAAAACAGAGGACGUGGACGAGGUAACAGAGACAGAGGUCGUGGCAGGAGCAACACAAACGAGAAAAGUAAAGAGAAGAAGGACUAUUCUCAUAUCGUGUGCUAUAAUUGCAAGAAGAAGGGACACUUUGCAUCUGUGUGUACUGAAAAGAAAGACGAGGAAGAGCUCAACAAAGCAGAGACAAAAGUUGCGGAUGAAGCACUAUAUAUGCAUGAGGUAGUGUUUCUUAAUGAAGGCAAGGUCAUGCCUAAGAGGCUCGAGUCAGACACAAAGGAAGAUGGUGUCUGGUAUUUAGACAAUGGCGCUUCAAACCACAUGACCGGAGAGAGGUGUUACUUCUCAGAGAUGAAUGAAAACAUCAAAGGGAAAGUAAAGUUUGGAGAUGGCUCAUUCGUUGAUAUAAGUGGCAAGGGUUCGAUUCUCUUUGAAGCUAAGACAGGAGAGCAUAAACUGCUUACAGAUAUCUACUACAUUCCUGAACUAAGGAGUAACAUCCUAAGCUUAGGACAAGCAACAGAGCAAGGAUGUGAUGUUCGAAUGAAAGACAACUACUUGACUCUAAAAGAUCCUGAAGGGAGAUUGCUUGUUAAAGUCAUGAGAACAGCAAAUCGUCUCUAUAAGCUGAAGUUACAAGUGCUAAGAGCAACCUGUCUGCACACAAGAUUGGAGGAGGAACCAUGGAGAUGGCAUGCCAGACUCGGCCAUGUUAACUUCAAAACGAUAAGAGCUAUGGCAACUCAAGGAAUGGUAUAUGUUUGCCGGAGAUAA